CAGACACGCAGUGAGACUCAGCUGGUGUUCAGCUGCCGACUCUCAGACAAACACCGCCAAGUUUCCAUCCGCACGAACUUGACACAUGACAUUAUUUCUCUGCUCCAGAACUCUGAGCCGGUGACAGUCUGAAUUCAGUCCAACCAGCCGCCCCACGACAAACUGUUAAGAUGCCCAUCAUCGAGCACCUGUCGGACUCGGACGUGGAGCGUUUGGCGCUGGAGCGCGUCGUCCCGGCGCUGCUGUCCGACGGCUUCUACUACGUGGACGGCCUCCUCGGGGCGCUGGCCGGGGACGUGGUGCUGGAUCAGGUGAAGGAGAUGCACCGCUCCGGAGCGCUGCAGGACGGCCGGCUGGCAGGCUCCGUCCCCGGCGUCCACCGGAGGAGCAUCCGCGGGGAUAAGACCGCCUGGGUGAGCGGCGCGGAGCGCGGCUGCGAGGCCAUCAACUUCCUGCUCAACCUGAUCGAUAAGCUGAUCUCCGUGUGCGCCAGCCGGCUGGGAGGGAAGGCGAUCCGGGAGAGGUCCAAGGCCAUGGUGGCGUGUUACCCAGGAAACGGGGCAGGUUACGUCAAACACGUGGACAACCCGAACCGUGACGGGCGCUGCAUCACCUGCAUCUACUACCUCAACAAGAACUGGAACGCCAAGGAGCACGGCGGCAUCCUCAGGAUCUUUCCCGAGGGGAAAUCCUACGUGGCCGACAUCGAGCCGCUGUUCGACCGGCUGCUCUUCUUCUGGUCCGACCGCAGGAACCCACACGAGGUGCAGCCCUCCUACUCCACCAGGUACGCCAUCACCGUCUGGUACUUUGACUCUGUGGAGAGAGCCGAAGCCAAGAGACGCUUCAGAGACCUGACAGCUCAGCAGAAGGGCAGCAGCUCCAGCUGACUGUGAGGACACGUCGCCCCCUGGUGUUGGACCGUCCGACCUGCAGGAGAGGAGCGCAGGAGAGGAGCGCAGGAUUCCCUCCACCUCUGAAAGCUUCUGGAAAAGCUAAAAGAAAAGAUUAAAAACAAAAAAAAAAGACUUUUCACUGUGUGCUGGAGAGAACGACCUGCCUGCUGCGAGCGCGUGAUGCGUUCAGGUGACCCGCCGCUGCUCUGGACUUUUCCUGCUUCACCUGAUGUUUGUGCAAUAAUCUCUGCCGACUUCGAAAACCGUGGACUGCACCUUAAAGCUUCGCCGUUAGAGAGGGAAGAGAGAUGGAGGACAGUGUUUGAGUUUACAGACAUGAUGCGAGUGUUGUAGAGACGCGACUGCGUUUGUUUGCAUUUCACUUUGAACCAAUAUGAAAACUUUGGUUCUUUGUUUUUAGUAAAAGGUGUUUGGGGGUAAAUCUACGAUGAUUAAAAUUCCUGUAAAGUUUACUGUUUUAGUGCACUGAUGUCACUUCUGACAAAAAACAGGAAGAAGAAGCAACAUCACCAGACUCCCUUAACAAAACGUGUCAUUUUAAGAGUUGUUUCAUGAGGAGAAAUUCUACAAACUUUGUGAAACUGCUGCGAGAAAUUCUGAAUCAUUGGUGCCUUCUUGUAAAUUCAGCAUUAAAUCAGAACAUGAAGUUGUUUGUUGUCAGUUACCUGCCAACAUUUAGCAGCUGUUUGAACACUUUAGCAUUCAUUUCACCACUUACUCCAUUUAAAAAAAGGCUCAACUGAGUGAGUUGCUGAGUCAGGAGGAACUUGUGUGAAAGUUUCUUCAUUAUUUGGGCUUUCCUGUAUAUUCGGCUUUAAAUGUGAAACAAUUACUUUUUAUUUUCCUUGUAAAAAGUGUCAGUUUGUCAUGUUUGAAGACAGUUUCAGCUGAUUCCACCAUUUUACUCACUUUAUGACAGAAGACAACAUUUUGUGAUGCCUAGCAUGUCAAAUUUUACAAAUACAGUUAACAGUAACCACUAUCGGCUACUUGAGGAGAAAGUUGCCAGACUCCAUUAGAAAAAGGCUCAAUUUAGUGAGUUGCUAAGUGAGGAUAAACUUUGUGAAACGCUGCCUCUGAUACAGUUGUAAUCAUUUGGGCCUUCUUGUAAAUUGUGCAAAUACUUUACAUUAAAUUCUUUCUGUAUGAAUCAUGGCGUCUGUCUGUGGUGUACGUGACGUGGACAGGACGGAUGUUGACACGUUUUAAGAGAAAUAGUGACCUUGUCCAUUAAAGUCUAAUGUUUGUA